AUGGAAAUGGAAACAGAGAAUGAUGAGCCAGAGUGUAAGAAGAGGAAGUGUGAAGAUGGAAAGUCAAUGGAGAAGUUAUUAGAAAGAAUAGUGAUGUCAAUAGAAGCGAACAGUAGAGCAAUUGAAAGUGUAAAAGGGUCAAUGGAUAGAAUGAACGAUAGUUUUAAAGGUUUACAAAGGACAAUGGAAGAGAUAAAGUAUGAAAUAAAAGAGAGCAGAGAAGAGAAUAGGAGAAGAGUAGAAGGAAACAACAGACACGAAGGACACAGAGAAUCAAACAUAACAAACAGUCGACAGAGAACUAGUUAUACAUCAGACAACAGACAUCACAGUAGAGAAUUUAAUAGAGAACGACAUAGAGAACAAGACAGAGAAGACAAAAAUGGAAACAAUAACAAAAGACGUAAUAAUGAAAAUGAUGAGAGACAACACAAAACCCAAGGAAAGGAGCAAAGCAACAGAAACACUGAGGAGAAAAACAAAAAAUUGAAGGAAGGACGAUCUGUAUUGAAAUCAGUGAUAAAUAAGAUAUAA